AUGUCCCACAACCCAUUUGGAUCAGACUCGGACUCGACCGACGUCUCCUCGUCGUCACCGCAUGAGCCAAUCUCGGUCGCAAGCCAUGGCGUAGACAGCUCGGCCAGCGCGCCUGCGUCAAGCUCUACACCAUCCUCAACCCCCGGUCCGGCCAAGGCCAAGGCCAAAGCGCCGCCGCCCGCCGGCCGCCCCCCGCGACCGCUGCCCACGCGUGGGCGUCGCAAGUCAACUCGGACGUCAUCGCGGCCGCUUCCAGAGCUCAAGCGGGCGCUGCCAGCCGCUGCUGCUGCUGGACCGGCGCCGGCGCCGGCGCCAGCGCCGGUUCGGGCUAUCAAGCGCAAGACUCUCGGCCCGGCCAAGACUCGGACACGAUCUGGCUCGUCGUCGGGCCGCGGAGGCAUGCGCGACAUCCCGCGGUUCGCUUUGGAUGCUGCAGGCGGUGCCGAGAGCGGCGGCGGGUCGGCUCCGCUUCCGCACCUGGAUCGGCUCUGGCGGCAUCCUGCGGUCGUCGACCUCUUCGCCGAUCCGUUCAUUGCCUCGGACGCGCCGCGCGGCGAGCGCAAGCGUCAUCUUCACCCGCUCAUUGCCACAAUGGAGCUGUUUCGCGCAUCGCUUGCGGCGCUGGCGCAGGCCUGGCCCGAGCAUGCGGCAGCAUGCCAACCCGUCGUCGACGGCAUGGCGGCCGGCAUCGGCUUUGCCACCGAGGUUGCCGCCGCCAUCGAUACAGUGGCACCGGCCCGGCCGGUGCCUCUGGCCAAGCUUCCGCUCAAGCUAACCUUCCCGGCGCCACCGGUCGCAAGCAAAAAGGCGGCGGCCAAAGCAGCCGCGGCGGCGUGGCCGUAUGUACCCGAGCCGAGGGUGGCAAGCCUGCUGGCAAGCCUCACGUCGCGACUGCGGUCAAUGGCAGCCAACGAUCUUGUGUUUGUGCCAUCAGGCUGGCGCCUGUCGAGCGGCGCUGGCUCGUACCUGCUCUUUGUGGUCUUCAAGGUCUCGCGCGAGACGUACAAGUUCUCGGUGUGCAACGUCGGCGCUGGCCUCGAGUACCACCCAGUGACGGCGCGGAACCCGACCGCCGAGCUUGCGUACUCGGUCGCGUUCACCCUCGACGACGUGCCGGCGCGCAAGGUGGAGGAUGCGGCGUUCUGGUUCCUCGCCCUCCGCGGCUUGCUCCAGCCGGCUGACAGCCACAGUCCGGCGCAGCUGUACGAGGCUCUCCUGCCGUUCCUCAACGAGCGGCCGCUAAUGGCCAACGUGACGGCCGAGACGGCCGAGUGGCGGGCGCUGCCGCGCGGCACCGACCCGUUUGGCGCCCACCUGGUGUGGGUGGCCAUGCGCCAGGCCCUGCUGUUGAUGACCCACUCGCCACCGUUUGCCUCGUACACCGACGUUCUCCUCCGGUAUGUUCUCGGGACUCACAUGGCCCAGUCGCUCGCUGCUGCUGACGCGCUGGUGCUCAACUCGUCCGAGUCGGUCAUGCUCUCCAUCAUCGGCGAGCAGCUCGCCCGCGGCGCCGGUCUCCUCACCCAAGCCGAGACCAUGGAGUUUGGCAAAAAGUCCAAGGCCCAGGGCACCAUUCGGGUCGGUGCCGCCGCGGAUCAGAGCCUGGGAGCGGCGGCAGCUGCGCCGGCCACCCCGGUUGCCACUACCCUCACCGCCGCCCAGCUGCGCGGCGUCCAGAAGAUCGUCUCGAUGCUUCUCGACGCUGCGGCGCAUGCCGCGCCGCAGAACAACAUCCCCCUGGUCUCGAUCGACUCGCCCGCGCUUGUCAAUAGCUUCUCGCUCUUUGGUCGCUUCAUGCGUCAGUUUGACACGUCAAGUCUCGCCGGCCACCCCCGCGAGCCGCCUAUCAUCCGCCCGGUCGAACUUACGUCGGUCCCCGACGCUGUUGGCGACAUGCAUGAGGCUGCUGUGGCCAUGCGCGCCGCAGUCGACGUCUGUGCGCUCCUCGCUAAUCAGGCGAGCGUGGUGCCCAACUCGUAUGCGCUGCGAGCCGCGCUUGUCUCAUGGCUCUUCACCACCGUCCUCCCGGUCCCGGUCCCGCCGACCGAGGCCGACCUCGCGUGGCUGGUGCAGGUCAAGGCCGAUGCCAGCCUUGCCCCGCCGCCAUCAACUUGCUUCUGGCGAGUCCUUCCUAUCCGGCGCGAGACCCAGAACGAGCUCCUUGAGCUUGUCUCGCUCCUCGCAUCGCACUUUUCGGUCGCUGCGCUCUCGCUGCGGGCCACGGCCUCGUUUGACGCCACGCGCAUCUUGACACUCGGCGCCAUGGCCGCCAUCGCCGACGCGGUCAUGCGGCGGACGGCUUGGGACGCACCAUCGCAGCUCGCCGCACACUACUCGGGGUCGGCGCCCGGCCCGAUCACCCCGUACGGUUUCACCAUUGGCCACUUUGGCAUUGAGUCCGAGUCUAUGCUGUUUGUCAACCCGGUAGCAGCAGCCACGCGGACCGCUGUCCUCGACUACUUUACGGCAUGGGAGAAUUUUCUCGCACCCGGCCAUGAGGUCUUUGCCUUUAACGCCUCGAACGCGUUUGGCGCCGGCGAAGCCGCCCUCAUCGACCAGAUUGCAGUCCACAUGGGAUACGCCCGCGAGCUCGCGCCGCACUACCUCACCGGCCAAGCGCCCGAGCUCCUCGUGCACUAUCCGGAGCUUGGUGCGCUGAGGGACAUCGUCUUCCUCUUCAAGCUGCUUAUGGUGCCGUCGUCGAGCGCGCUGCCCAAGGUCCGAGCAUGGGACAUCUUUGACGCCACGCUCACCUGGUCGUACCACGAAGCCGACGGCUACCUCAAAGUCAAUGGCUUCCGGCGCGUUCUCGAGCCACAUGCCGAGGCUGUAGCCGCGUCGACCGUCAAGGCCAGGGCACUCUCGAAGAUCUCAUCGUGGAUGCCGUCGUCAGUCGGAUCCAAGCUACGGGUGGCUGCGGGCCUCGUCCCGCGGGCGCCGCCAUCAGCCGGCAACCCCUCGGUCCUCGCUCAGCUCGAGGACUCGUCGUCGCUGGCCCGCAAGAUCAAGACCGAGGACGACGUGCUGCAUCUCAAGAAGCCGCCUACGUUUGGGCUUCGACUCUCGCUGCACGAGUCCGAGCUGCUCCUGCAGUACCUGACGGCACCGUACAUGCGGAUUCCGCUACUGCUUGCGUUCUUUGCGGACGAGACUCGCAUCCAGGCCCUCGCUGCGCCCGAGCUACAGGACGUUCUUGACGCGGCUUGCUUUGAGCCGGGCACCUUUGAGUCGGCAAUCAUGCCCCGGACGGCCCCUACUGUCAUCCCGCCGCCGACACGCGACCAUCUCCGGACGCCAGUCGGUCUCCUUUUCAAUGAGCUUGUCUGCGCACCGCACAUCCUCUUUCCCGCUGUUUUGCGGCUUGUCGAGCUCGCGCUGGAGCUCAACACAGGGCGCUAUGACUCCAAGCAUGCGCUGGUCAUCCUCUACAUCACUCGCCUUGUUGUGCGCAUCGAGGAGUACGUUCUGUUUGUCCUCGACGCCAACACUGUUGCGCCAGAGGCCGCAACCGCGACCCAGGCCCAUGUUCGUGGCCUCAGCCUCGAUGCCGGCACGUCGCUGGCAAGCUACACCCGUGUGCUCGAGGAGGUGCGGAGCAAGACACGCGGCGAGCUGUUCAAGGUGCUCGAGGAGUGGCGGGUCCGCGCCCUGGUCAAGGAUCAGCGGGUCGCGGUGGCAGCGGUCAUCCACGCCCACCUGGCGUACAUCUUCAAGAACGUGCGGAGCGAGGAGCUCGGAGCCACCGCUGUCGUCACCCUCCUCUCGGCGCAGAUCUUUCUUAACGCCAACUACCGCUGGACGCUCGACGCCAAGUCAUCGAGCAGUGGCAGCAGCUCGGGUGGAGCCAAGAGCGACAAGGCGGGCAAGACGGGCAAGUCUGGAAAGAAAAAGGUGCGGGUCAAGCGGAGCAAGCGGAACAAGCGCAACGCCGGACUUCGCGACAAAGAAGCGUUUCUCAACCGCGAGCUGCAGAUCACGCAGAUGGAGAUGUUUGACCUUUUCCAGAAGCAUCGCAACAAGGUGGUGGCGUGGCUGAGUGGUGCCGGCGCCGCCGCCAACCUGGUCAUGGAGACCAUCAUCCGGGUUAUGACCUUCAAGGGCUCGCUGUUGGAGAUGGAGAAGCAGAUGGUCGAGGCCAAUCUCUCGCUGCGGUCGUGGUCAUCACUGACACGGACAGGGUGCUACGGGCGAUUUGUGCCCGACACCGAGGUCUCAGAGCUCGCGCUCAACUCUGCAGCGCCACUAGUUGCCGAGCCAGCAUCCGACCCGCUGCGGGCACCAUUUGCCGAGAGCUACGUCGAGUGGCUGCGGCGGAUCACGACCAAGGAGGUGGUUACCGAGAUCAACGUCCAGCUCGGCGAGUUUACCCUCAAGAAGCAGCAAAUGCUGUUGCUGCCUGACGACGUCGGCGCCAGCGCCGAAAUCGAGGCUGUGUUUGGUGCCAAGGCGGUCGGAGAGCAUCGGAUGCAAUCGGUCGAGGUUGAGCGGACCAGUCAGCGCAACUGGCUGCGGCUGGUCGGCAAGCGACACGAUGUGUUUGUGUGGCGGCGCGACCCGCGGCCGAUGGCUGUUCCGUCGGCUGCUUGCGAGUCGUACGCCGGCCGCCGCACCUCUGGUGCCCUCGCCUGGGUUGCCGACAUCUUUGAGCCUGUCCGCUUUGAGGUCUUUGGUGAGGUUGCGCGAAGCCUUAACUUUUCAGGCGUCGCACUCGCCGACGGCGUCGCUGUUCUGUUUACACUCUACGUCCCGCGCCACAAGGACGAGGCGCUGAUGACGCCAGCCGAGCGCAAGGCGCUCAAGGCCCGUCGCAAGGCAUUUGCCAAGCGCGAGAAGACUCGCCGCAAGGCAGAGAAGAAGAAGGAGAAGCGCCGACGGAAGGUCGCCCGUUCCCGCGCCAAGGCCGACGCCAAGGACGACGACGAGUCGUCGGUGACGCUGUCGACAGUGCGGCGGGCUGCGAUUUCGGAUGAUGACGACGACGACGACGACAACGACGAUGCAGCUGAUGGCGGCAAGAGCAAGAGCAAGGGUAAGGGCAAGGCCGAGGCCGAUGGAGACGACGACUGGGAGAUGAUCGAGACUGACGAGGUCUCCAUGACCGACACUCGGGAAGGCUCGGGCUCGGGCUCGGGCUCGUCAGACAUUGCCUUUGGCUCAGACGAUGACGAUGACGGGUCAAGUCCGUUUGCAGAUCCAGACUACACGCCGCCUACGCUCAAGGAAGUUGUGGUGUACAAGUACCCGAGUGUGGUGCAUGUGUACGAUGUGGUCGAGUAUGGCCGGCGGUACUACCGGACGCUGGUGUGGAGCUCGUCGCCUGAUCUCUGCCUGGGAACGCUGCCGCCGUCUGGUGGUGACGCACUCAAGCCGGUUACUCCGCGGGCGUCGGUGGUGGUGACCCGGGCGCUCGAUGCACGGGUCGGGACGCAGACUUUCGUGCCCAGUCGCCUUCUCAAGGGCUUGCUGCCGGAAGCGCUGCUCGACCACUACCUUUACUGGCAGAACGAAGACGAGUCACUGAUCGGCUACCCCAAGCCGCCGCGCAAGACGCGGGUCGCCUCGCAGUUCUUCUCCUCGCACUACACGUCGCAAAUCGAAGACAGCGGCGACGGCGACGAUGGACCGGCACCAGGAGCGGCGGCAGCAGCCAACUACGUCAUCUGCGUCACUAUCCGGCAUGACAAGGGUGCCCGACUCGACACCGGGCCGUCGUGCUUCAACGUGGCGUCUGCGCUCGUCCAGCGCUUCCCUAUGGUGGCGGCGCCGCAGAGCGGCGAAGAUGCCGGUGAAGACGGCGUUGUGGUCAACGGAAGCGUGCCGGACUUUUCGGCAACGCCCGAGACACUCGUCAACUUGCUACGGACGCCCAAGUCGUCGCCCAAUGCAGCGCUGGCCAAACUGCUGGUGCGGAUGGAGUCGUUUUCGCACGUCCUGGCGUGGUCGCGGUCGAGUGAGGGCCUUUCUAUCGACCACGUUGAGCUUCCCCGGCUAGGGCUGAGCUUCCGCGCUGGUGUGGCAAACGGCGAGCGGGUCCUGUUUUGCAACGAGCACGCCGGGCUGUAUGUGUCGAACGUGCGGACGCCACAACUUGCCGAGCUUGUGUGCGGGCUCUCGCAUGCGGUCCUCCUGCAGAACACCAACGAAGAUCUGUCGAUUUUGGUGCCACUGGCGCGUCCGAUGCGGCGCGGCGAAGAGGCUGACGGUGAGGACGACGGCGACGACGAUGGUGAAGUCGACGGGGCGGUUGGGACAACGACGCUGUUCCCGGGUAUGGUCAAGGUAAUCAAGUCGGAAGGGUGGCUCUCGAGCGCGGUGGAGACGCGGCACUACGUGUACGGGGUGCACGCAUCGCGAACGUACCUCAUUCCACCGACAUUUGCGUCGUCGCUCUACCUUCUUGUCCUACGGUUCUUGUCGCGGCAGUACGGAGCCGUGGUGCGAAUGGCCGGCGUAUGCGUGACGGACACGCCGCUAAGCGAGGAGGAGGCGGCGAUUUUCGAGCUGCUGCGACUGUGCAAGGCCGACUGCCACCCCGACGCCCAUGCUGCGCGGCUGAAGAUCCACAUGGUGACGCGGGCAUCGCACAAAGACAUGGCCGCGCCAUGGGGCGUGGUGUCGGAGCUUGUGGCCUACGUGGCGAACCAAGGCCUUGUCUCGGCGUCGGCGCGGCUGACGCUCGAGGAAGAGUUGCUUCUCAUCGAGCACGCCGAGGAGCAGAUGCGGAUGGCGGACGAGGUGGCGGGCGAUUUCGCAGAUGACUUUGACUCGCUGCUGGAGGCACUGCAGGGCCGGGGCAGUGGUGGUGGCGGGAGUGGCGGUGAGGAGGAGGAAGAAGAUGCCGACGCGCUCCGCGAACUGCUGGAAGAGCACGGCCUGGAUGAGGCGUUCCUCGCGGCCCGGCGCGACGCUCGGGUGCUUGCGCGCAUGACUGUGGCCGAACGCGAGGCUGUCGACGUGUUGCUUGCCAACCGGAAGGCGUUUGUGCUCUCGGUUCUCCAGCCCGCGGAGACGCCGCGGCAGAUGAUUGCGGUCAAGUAUCCUGCGAUGCCAGAGACGGUGCCGUUUGACACACAUAUGGACACGAGCGUGCUCGAGCCGAGCUCCAAGCUCAAUCUCUCGAACCGCGCACUGGUCAACUACACGCGCCCGGGCGAGGUGCACGGUGUGUACGCGCUCGAGUUCCUCAAUGUGGUGCUGGAGGAAGGCCUGCUGCGUCUUUCGUCGAAGCUCGGCUUCCUGUUCCUGUACGAGCUGCUCACCGGCGCACUUCCGAUCCGGAUCGAUCCGCUCGACUCGUGCCACGUGCUGGGCGAGCUGCUUGUCCGGUGUCUCCCACGCGACGACCUGUUUUCGGCCUCGCGGUUCAUGUCAAUCUUGCGAGUGCUGGUAGUGAACCCCGAGAUUGCAAACUCUCGGGUACCAAAGUACCUCGACGUGGUCAACUCGAAGAAGCGCAAGCUGUUCAAGCGCGGCGCGGCAGGUCUCACGCUUGUGGAGACGGUGUCGAAGGAUAUGGUGGCACUGUUUGAGGCCGGAACAGCGGUGUGGAUGCGGGCGCCGGCACUGACGGCGUCGUACUCGCCGCCGAUGAUCAUUCACUUUGCGACGCUGACGCCUGCCGACUUGCGCAAGCUCUCUGCGGCUGCGCCGCGGACGACCGACACAUCGUGUGGCGAACGCGAGCUGCUGGCGUCGCCGUACACAGACGUCGGGCUGGACAAGGCCGGGCUCAAGGCGUUUGCCUCUGCGCCGCUAAGCGUGCUGGGGCUCGAGAGUCUGGUCCGGGCUGUGCCAGCUGUGAGUGCGCCGAUUGCUGGCAAGGUGCCGUUUGACGUCAGCUCACAUCCAGCGGCGGUUUCCCCGAUUGCCAGCGCGAUUUUGGAUCGGCUGAAUGAUGACGCAGCGUACUACGCGCAAGCGCAAAACAACGCCGAGAUCCACGAGCUGAACGCGCUGCUGCCGUCUGCGGCCAAGGCGGUGGCAAGUGGGUCUGCCGACGCCGCUCGGGCGGCAUGUUUGGAGCUCCGGGCAUUGCAGGCCAAGUUGCUCGCGCUCCACGACGCCGACAUUGCGGCCGCCGAGGCGGCGAUCAAGCGCGUGGUGGCUGCUGCCAAUGAGGUGGCGUCGGUGACGUCGCGGCAGGAGCUUGCGUUUGAGCUGCUGCAGGACGCCGGGCAGGGGCUCAAGGUCUGGUUCGAGCUACUUGUUGGAUGGCUCCUCUCGCCGCGUGGCAUGGACAACCUAGAGGACUUUAAUCCGUUUGUGGACGAGGAGUCGCGGGCGGCGAUUGAGUCGCUCACAGUCGCGGUCCUCCUCAUUGUCAACCGGGUGGGGCAGGCUGCGCGAGCGCUGUCGAUGACGGGCGACCUCAUUGCGACUGUCGAAUCCGGGAAGAGUGAGGAGGUUGAGCUGGUGCUCAAGGCGCGCGGGCUGGCAUCUGUGCUUGCUGCGGAGCGGCACUACGUGCGCGAGGACAGCCAGAGCUGGAGACUUGUGUACGAUCCGCGGUUCCUUGUCUUUGAGUUUUCGGCCGGCAUUCUCCUCCGCAAGGCGCAAGUCGAGCUUGUCUCGCGGUUUAUGGGUGCGGUGGCAUCCGAUUCGUCGCUCUGCCAUCAAAUGAUCAUGGGUGCAGGCAAGACGACGGUUGUGGCGCCGCUGCUCUCGCUGCUCCUUGCUGACGGGCAGCAGCUUGUGACGCAGGUUGUGCCUGGGGCGCUGCUGGAGUUUUCGCGGUCUGUGAUGCGGGAGCGGUUCUCGCAGCUCAUUCUCAAGCCUGUAUACACCUUUACGUACGACCGCGGUUCGCGGGUGGAACUUGCGCUGUACGACAAGCUUGUCCAGGCCAAGUACUCGCGGGCCGUGGUGAUUGCGACGCCGACGGCGAUCAAGUCGUUUGCGAUCAAGUAUGUGGAGCUGAUGCACGAGCUCGAGGCGCUGGAGAGUGGCAAGGUGGAGGACUCUGCGGUGAAGCGGAACAUGUACGCACGGCUGAAGGCGCGGCUUGCACGUGGGCGGAUCGAGUCGGUGCACGCUGCAGCUGUGGCACAGCUGUGGGAGCAGGCACACGUGUGCACCAAGGUGCUUGCGCUGCUACACCAGGGCGUGCUGCUCCUCGAUGAAGUCGACCUCCUCCUGCACCCGCUCCGGUCCGAGCUCAAUUGGCCGAUGGGCGUCAAGGAGCCGCUCGACUUUACGGAUGAUGGGUACCGGUGGGCGAUUCCGAUGCACCUCCUUGACGCGCUGUUCUACAAGACGCACGAGGGCAUGGUGACUCGGGUGGACGAGUCGUCGAUUGCGGUGACGGUGCUCGAUGACUUGCGUGCUGCGUUUGCGGCCGGACACGAGGCCAAGGCGCUGCAACUUGUGCCGCACCUUGUCCUGCUUGAUCCCAAGUGGUAUGCGGCACGGCUGCUGCCGCUGUUUGCGCGGUGGGCGAUGGUGUGGCUGGCGGACAAGCAGGUGCAUGUCAUCGGGACGCGUGUGCUGGAGCAGUACCUUGUGGAAGGACCGGCGUCGCUAGGGGCGAGCCAAGGGCGGGCGGUGGAGGCGCAGCUGUCGGACAACCAGGUGCGGAUGCUGAACCUGACCCACACGUGGCUUGUCUCACUCCUGCCGUUUGUCCUUCGCAAGAUCAACCGGGUCAAGUACGGCCUACUCUCUGCGAACGACCUUGCGCGGGCGAUGGAGCGGUUCCCGCACAUGCCACGGUCGCACGUUCCGUCGGAGGCGUCGGAGUUUUCGCACCCGGACGUGGUCAUUGGGCUCUCGAUUCUGGCGUACCGGCACGAGGGCCUGCGGGCGAGCGACUUUGCGCGGGUCAUGCUCGGGCUAAAGGGCCGACUGCCGGACGCGGAUGCGGGCGCGGUGUUUACGCGGUCGCAGGCGCGGACGCUGUACGCGUCGUGGGUGCUUGCGCGCGGCGGCUCGAUUCGCGGGCUCCAUCGGCGGGCGGAUGUCGAAGCCGAGCGAGCACGCCUCGGAGCGAACGGCGAAGAUGUUGUGGAGGAGUGGCAGGAUCUUUGGCCGCUGGCGCUUGUGGACCCGAGCGAUGAAGAGCAGUUGGAAGUGCUCUAUGACGUGUUGGGCAAGUCGCCGCAUGCGGCGUACUGGUACCUCUCGCAGUAUGUGUUCCCCAAGACGAUGGAGUUCCAGCCGCUCAAACUGACGGCGUCUGGGCAGGAGCUUGGUGGCUCGCUGCUAUUUGCGACACGACUCGGGUUUUCGGGCACGCCGUCGGACCUGCUACCGCGCGAGUUUGGGCGGUGCCGCUACCAGGAGGGCGACGACGGCAAGAUGCUUGCGGUGCUGACGGAGCCGAGCGUGGUGAGCGUGGAGAUGCUUGACAACGGGUGGUGUGCGAGCUCGAUCCUCCGUGCUGUAGCGCAGAGUGAGCCGCCGGCAUGUGCACUCAUUGACACUGGCGCCUUGAUCACAGGGCUAACGAACGAGGAGGUUGCGCGAGCGCUGCUUGCGGCCGGACUGGCAGCCAAGUUCCGCGGCGUGGUCUUCCUCGACGAGCUUGAUCGUAAGAUGAUUGUGAUGCGGGGCUCGGGCAAGGUGAUGCGACUGGAACAGUGCGGACUGCCCAAAGAGGCGCGGUUCUCGUUCUACGACCAGGUCCACACGACGGGCAUGGACAUCAAGCAGGCGUACACAGGGCGAGCAGUGCUGACGCUGGGCAAGGACAUGACGUUCCGCGACUAUGCGCAGGGCGCGUUCCGGAUGCGCGGGAUCGGGGCCGGGCAGACGCUGGUGCUGUAUGUCAUUCCCGAGGUAGCCGAGCUUGUUCGAGAGGAGCUGAGCGCGGCGGAGCGUGUACCGCGGCUGAGCGCCAAGCCGCUUGGAGAGCUCGAAAAGCGCGAAGCGCUGGCUGCGGUGGCCGGAUGGCUCUCUGUCAACUCGAUGGUGACAGAGAAGCUGCAGUAUGCGCUGCUUCGCGAGCAGAACGUGGCCAAUGUGUGGCGGAAGCGAGCGUACCGCGAGCUUGUGGGGAUGGCGCGGGAGGCGGCGCCUGCAGGGACAGUCGCGUACGAGGCACUGCGGCGGUGCGUCAACGUUUUCCGCGAGCGGGUCGACUUUGGAGUGUCGAACAUACUGGUGGCGCCCGAGGCGGCAUCCGAGGCUGUGGGCUCGACGAGUGGGUCUGGGCCAAGCGAUAAGGCGGCGCAGGCACUCGAAGAGCACGCGGCGUUUCUGGGGCAGUGGCCGGAAGAUCUGGGACUUGCUCAGCAAAUUCUGGACGAAAUGUCUGUGGGCGCGAGUAGCGCCAAGGCACCAGCCGACGUCGAGGCUGCCGAGAUGGAUGCCGGCUUUGGCGGCGAAAUGGUGCAGCAGCAGGAGCAAGAGCAGGAGCAAGAGCAGGAGCAAGAGCAAGAGCAGGAGAUGGAGAUCGAGCAAGAGGCUAUUGCUGUUGCGAUGGCGCCCGCCAAGCGCGAGUACUCGCGGCAGGACGAGAGCGUGCGGGCGUGGCCGGUGGGCAAGCUGGCCGAGGAUCCGAGCCGGGCCAAGUUUGCGUACCACGCGAGUGAGUUUUCGAUCAAGACGCCGGACGGCAAGCUGCCGGCGUUUGCCUGGCCGCGCGACCUGUGGGUCUCGAACAACUGGUACCGGCCGCAGUGGUCGCUGCUCAAGUCGUACCGGCGUGUGAAGAACGUGAUUGUGGUCAUGGAAUGGGUGCCGGAUCUGGCGGCGGUGCAUGCGGGCGGCGGGCGGUCGGUGGCGCUAAGCGAGGAGCAGUUGGGAGAUCUCGCGUCUGCGUUGCAGCUGUUCUGGGGUGAGGCCGGCGAGUUUGCGAGCAGCGGGCUCGACGACGGGCUGGCAGACUUUCUGCGCGCCAACGACGUGGAUCUCGCGCCUGCUGAGUUGUGCGAGGUCGACGAGGUCGGGGUGCUGGAUGUGAUGCGGAGCGCGCUCGGCGGAGUGUCUGCGGCUGCGGUGGAGCGGGCGAUGACCAAGCACGCGUUCUACAGGGUGGAAAGUGGCCGGUACUUUGUUGUGCUCUCGCUGGCGGAGGCCGAGUCUGUGCGCGGGCUGCUACACCUGCGGCGCGGCUCGCCGCUUGUGGCUGGCUCGCGGAUCGGGGUGCGGCUCCAUGUGGGGCGGCACGUGCUCGACGCGUCGCAUGGGUUCGUGGUGGGCGGUGGCGGAGAGGGUGUUGCGUCGCAGCAGGUUGAGCUUGCGCGUGCGUGUCUCAAACUCUUCGACGCGCAGGUGGAGUUUUCGGAGCGCGAGCUGCUGAUGCUGCUGCGGAUGACAGCGGACAAUGCUGUGUCGCUGCGGCGCGAGUACUUUACGGGCGUGCGAUCGUGCAAGCGACGGGCGCAGGGCUCGUGCGAGGCGACGCCGCUGGGACGGUACUUUUUCCUCCGCGACGCGUAUCGCAUUCUUGUGCACCGUGCGUGUGUGUCUGCGGUGCGGCGUGCGCUGCGUGCGCGCGGGCUCCUUGUCUCUGACGCGUUUCGGGUCUUUGACCAGGACGGCGACUCUGUGCUGACCAAGGCCGAGCUUGUGGGCGGGCUGGUGUGGCUCGGCGUUGAGCUCGACAUGAGCCAGCUGAGUGCGCUGAUGACGACAAUGGACUUGGAGGGGACGGGCGUGGUCUCUUUUGCCGAGUUUGUGGAGACGUUUGCGGCAAAGGACGGUCCGGCGUGGGCGAACGCGUUUACGCUUGACGAGCUGCUUGCAACGCGGAUUGAGCCUGUGGACCUUGGGUUUGGCGACGGGGCUGACGAGGCGCUGGAGGCUGACCUCGUGCCGCGUGCGGCGUUCGAUGAUGUCCGGGUGAGCGCACGAAGCGUGAGCAGCUUCCGGCAAGUUUGGCUCUCUAAGGGGACCGGAGCACGGCGGCUGGUCUCGAUCUGGCGUGGCGACGACGACAUGGCGGUGUCCGGGCGGAGUGCGCGGAUCCCGCUCGGGCACCACGUCUCGCUCAACUUUGGGGCGCCAUCGAAGAAGGAUGCACUUGGGGUGCGCGGCGGGCUGCUCGUCAAGGACGUCAAGGCGUCCCUGGUCUCUGGCUCCAAGACGCUCAAAGCUGUUGUGGCGCUCCUCUUCCCGCCUGUGGUGCGGUUCCGCGAGGUGUGGCGGCAGCGUGUGGGCGACGAGCACCUUUACGUGUGGCGCGGCGAGGCUCGCGACCCAGAGCACUACGCGGUGCUCGGGAUGGUGGCGACGACUAGCCCGCAGCCGCCGCCGGUGGAGGCGCUCCGCACAGUCCCGCGGGUCAUGACUGUGGCGUCGCAGCGCGAGCCCGAGUGCGUGUGGGAUGACGAAGGUACCGGAGGGUCCGAGGGCUCGAUUUGGGUCGUCAACGAGCUCGGGCACUUUGUGGUGCGGACAGCAGCCGGCGGAGGGUUCGGCGAGCGGCUCACGAUCGCCGACGGGCUCAAGGCACUGGUCGGGAUGGAAUGGGGAGAGUUUGUGGACCGGGUCGUGCUGGGAGGGCGGGCUGGAUUGACGGGAGAUGUGGGCCCGUCAGCGGAAGAGGAGGUUGCGCAGCCGCCGACACGGCCACCGGCAGUGGUGCCGGCGCAGCCGUCGGCGACGGUGGCGACGGCACAGCCAUCGGCGGCGCAGCCGUCGGCGCAGCCGUCGGCGCAGUCGGCGGAACCGGCGGUGGCACCGGUCCGGCGCAAGCCGCUGCCCAAGCCGCUGCCCAAGCCGCUGCCCAAGUCCAAGCCGCUUGUCAAGGCACAAGGUCAAGCAGCUGAGCCGGGCGCAUCGACAUCGUCUUCAGCCACGACUACGGCUCCGGCCCCGGCCCCGGCCCCGACCCCUGCCCCGACCUCGAUGGAAAAGCCCAAGCCCAAGACGAUGCCGCGCAAGCCGCUUCCCAAGCCCAAACCGCUGGUCAAACCCAAGCCGCUGGCCAAACCCGCGCCUCUAGCCAAGCCAGAUGGGGCACGCGACGCGACACGCCGAGGCGAGAGCUCGACGUAA